AUGUCAAACCAAACCAAUUCCAUCACUGAUGGUGCUCGUCAUGGUUAUAUUGAUGUUGAUCAAGUGUUGAGAGGUGCUGAUGCAACUGCUGCACAUGUGUCCAAGCUUGCUGAUCAACAUCGUAUUCGUAUCAGUGAAAACCUAAUUGAACCACUUGAAAAUGAAGCUGUAACUUUUAUUCCUGAUUUAUGGAGUGAUCCUGUUCAUCAAGUUUCUUAUCUUGGAGUUUCCGCAACAUUCGUUAAUGAUAGAUUUGAGUAUCGAUCAUAUGAUCUUUGUUGUUCUCCAUUCGAAGAAGAAGAUAAAACUGCUGAAAAUAUUCUAGUGGCUUUACAAAAAGCAUCAGGAAAAUUCAACAUCAAUGAUUUGUCUACUCUGCAGUUUGUAACAGAUCGUGGUUCCAAUUUUGUAAAAGCAAUGAAGAAUUAUUCUUCGUAUUUCUGCUUUGCACAUAGAUUGAACAACAUCCUAGUAUUAGGUUUCUACCAGAACGAGUCAAUCAAAAAACAAACAAAAGCUUUUUCUGAUAUGACAGGUGAAAAUGAAACCAACUCAGAUGGUAUUUUUAAUUGCUGUUCUUUGAACAAUGAUACUGACGGUAUUGUUCUUAUCAAUAUGUCAAAGACAAAAGUUCAAGAUCUACCUGAUUGCGUACGAGAGAUUUUGAAGGUGCUCAACAAUUGUAAAGAUGUUGUGAAAUAUGUCAAAUUAAACGGAUUGAAUAAAAAUAUUCAAUCUGAGGGUGGGUUUAGCUUGUGUCAAUCAAGCAAAAUUCGAUGGCUUUCAAUAAUGGAAUUACUAGGAUCAAUUGAUCGCUCUUUUAAAGAGACAAAGAAGGUUUUACAAGAAAAGAAAAAGUCAUUUUUGAUUGAUCGAUUGGUUAUUAAACGACUUAUACAUUCAUUACGUCCAUUCAAACAUAUCUUAACCAUCGCACAAAAAGGAAAUGAACCAUCAUUGUAUUUAGUUCUUAUUUGUGUUAUGACUUUACGUAAAGCCUUAAGUUCUUUCGAAAACUUAGUUCUUUUCAACAGAGAAAACGAUGAUUGCAACGAUGUCUUGAAGAAGAGAAAAGAUAAUGGUGAUGAUGAAUAUGAUAUAGAGGUGGAGGAACCAGAUGGCAUUCGAUUCUUUCGACUUCGUCUACUUGAAUUAUUGGAAUCCAUGUUUAUCUUAGAACCAAUCCAUUUUGCAGCAACAUUUCUUCAUCCCAGAUAUAGAUACCUUCGUAAAUGUUCCACUGCUCAAGUUGAUUCUUGUAAAAGUUAUGUGCGAAGACAAUUGAAAGAAAUUGUUGAGCGUGAAAAGGUGAAGCGUUUAACACAUAGUCAAGAAUCACAACGUUUGAUUCGACAAGGUGAAAAAGGUGAACCACCUCUCAAGAAAAAAAAAAGAUUCGGUCAAGAAUAUGAAGCUAGUAAUCUCAGUGACGAGUACAAUUCAGCAGAAGAUGAUGAAGUUGAAAAGUACUUGUCAAUGUUCAUAGAUUCUGAGCUGCUCGUCGACAAUCCUUUGGUGUUUUGGAAGACAAAUCAGAACAAUUUGCCAUUAUUAUCCAAAUUGGCGAGAAUGAUUCAUUAUAUUCCUGCAACGACAACUUCUGUAGAACGUGAAUUUAGUGUUGGCGGUCUUGUUAUGACUGAACGUCGAUCCUCAAUCAAUCCAGAUAAUCUCAAUAACAUACUUUUUGUCAGAUCAGUAACUCGAUGA